UUUUGCAGAUUUGCAAGUUGUUUUCAUGUAACUAUUGAACGGGGAGCAGUUUUGCAGCACUUGAAUUUUUUAUUUUAUUUUUUGAAGUACCUAUUUUCGGGAAAAAUGAGGUGGUUUUUUAAUUUUUCAUCUUUAUUAGUGCUUCUCAAUUUCGGAAUGUUAAAUCGAAGCUGUGAAGCCAUGUCGACUAAAAGAAUUUUGGUUUAUGGAGGCAAAGGAGCCCUAGGAAGUGUUUGCGUUGAUACCUUUAAAGCACAGAAAUGGUGGGUCGGAAAUAUUGAUUCCAAAGCGAAUGACAUUGCUGAUGUUAAUAUCGUUGUCGACAGCAAGAGUGAUCUACUGGAACAGGAAAAAUCGGUCAUAGAUCAAUUACAAUCAUCGUUGGGCGGAGAUAAGGUCGACGCCAUUAUUUGUGUUGCCGGUGGUUGGGCUGGUGGAAAUGCUUCGUCGAAAGAUUUUGUUAAAAAUUGCGACCUAACUUACAAACAAAGUGCCAUUACUUCUGUGAUUGCAUCUUCCAUUGCCGCCAAACUGUUGAAGACUGGCGGAUUAUUAACAUUCACUGGUUCGGCCGCCGCUCUUGAUCCUACUCCAGGCAUGAUUGGCUAUGGCAUGUUCAAAGCAUCGGUUCAUCAUCUGACUAAAUCCUUGGGUGCUUCUAAUAGUGGAUUACCUGCUGAAAGUACAGUCGUAGCUCUUCUACCGAUUACUUUAGAUACGCCUAUGAAUCGUAAAUUCAUGCCGACUGCUAACUUUGCCUCAUGGACACCCUUGGAUUACGUAUCUAGUUUGCUGGUGAAAUGGUGCAAUAAUGAAUCGAGACCUCCUACUGGUAGUUUGGUGAAACUUGAAACUGAAAAUAAUCAAACUCAGACUAAAAUCGUGUAAUGAUUUUUCUUCUCAAGAGUGUUAUACCGAAAUGAUCUGCUUUCUUAUGCUGUGGACCAAUGCGUGCAAUAUUUUGUUUAAUGCUUCGAAGGAAUCUUUUUUUCAUAUAUUGCAUAUCGUUAUAUUCAAAUGAAUAUUAUUGUAAACUGUGACAAUAAUACGUUUAAGUACUACUUAUCCCAUUACUGUUCCUUGAUUAUUCUUAAUAAAGAGUAUUCAGAUAUC